GCUCCCGCCGCUGCAGGAACUUCAGGAACUUGGUUUUCAUCCGGUGUCCACUGCACGACCUUGGGCUUUUUCUUUUUUGUAAAUUGCUGAGUGUGGAGAGGUCCCGCCCUUCCGCGCCUGCCCGCGGGGCCGCCCCUCCCGCGCUCCCGGCGGUGCCCCUUUCCGGACGGCGCUGGAGUGCCUGGCGGCGGCGGCUCCUGAGAUCCAUGGCGCUCCCCGCCCGGCUGCAGCCCAGGUAUCGGAAGAAUGCCUAUCUUUUCAUCUACUAUUUAAUCCAGUUCUGUGGCCACUCAUGGAUAUUGACAAAUAUGACAGUCAGAUUCUUUUCAUUUGGAAAAGAUUCCAUGGUUGACACUUUUUAUGCCAUUGGACUUGUGAUGAGACUUUGCCAGUCCAUUUCCCUCUUGGAGUUGCUGCACAUAUGUGUUGGCAUUGAAUCAAACCAUCUUCUUCCCAGGUUUCUGCAGCUCACAGAGAGAAUAAUCAUCCUCUUUGUGGUGAUCACCAGUCAAGAGGAAGUCCAAGAGAAAUAUGUGGUGUGCGUUUUAUUCUUCUUUUGGAAUCUAUUGGAUAUGGUUAGGUACACUUACAGCAUGUUAUCAGUCAUCGGAAUAUCCUAUGCCGUCUUGACAUGGCUCAGUCAAACACUGUGGAUGCCCAUUUAUCCUUUGUGUGUUCUCGCUGAAGCAUUUGCCGUCUAUCAGUCCCUGCCUUAUUUUGAAUCAUUUGGCACUUACUCCACAAAGCUGCCCUUUGACUUAUCCAUCUAUUUCCCAUACGUGCUGAAAAUAUAUCUCAUGAUGCUCUUUAUAGGUAUGUACUUUACCUACAGUCAUCUUUACUCAGAAAGAAGUGACAUCCUCAGAGUCUUCCCCAUUAAAAAGAAGAAAAUGUGAAGCACAGCAUUCCGAUGUGACAUAAGAAAAGACAGGCUUGUGGAUUCAGCUGCAGCAAACACAACCCGGAAAGCAUUCUGGUGGAAAAACACCUAGGAUUUGACAAAAACCCAUGAUGUGAAAUAAUUGCACUCCUCCUCAAAACUCUAGACAUAUCACAGCAGUGUGUUUCUCACACAUUGUAUUUUCAAAACAUAGUCUGAACAACCUGCUUCACCAAACUGUGGAUUUUAUACAAGUUACAAUUAUAUUGUGAAGCCUGAUUAUUUUCCUAUAAGGUUAAUGAAAAUAGGAGAUUAAUGGGAGUCAAUUCAAUUAAAUUGAGAAACCAAAGUCGUUAACCUAAAUUACAUCUAUUUACAUUUAUUUCUUUUCACUGCUGACUUCCCAAAUAGCAGCAGAUCUGUAGGAGGGGAGUGAUGUGAAAUAUGCUCUGCGGUUGUCUAGAAUAACAUAUUUUAUAGACAGAUGUCUCCAGAGUUAACAUCCACUGUAAACAUUAGAUACAUGUAGAAAAUUAAAGAAACAUUUCCCCAAACCCUGAAAGAGUAAUCGUUAAUAUUACUCAAGUUAUUUGAGCUUUGAUGCCUUAAAAGAGGAUCCUAAUGGGGGCCGGCCCCAUGGCGUAGUGGUUAAGUCCGGUGCUCCGCUUCAGUGGCCUGGGUUCGUGGGUUCGGAUCCUGGGCACAGACCUACACCACUCGUCAGCCAUGCUGUGGCAGCAACCCACAUAUAAAGUGGAGGAAGACUGGCACAGAUGUUAGCUCAGGGCUAAUCUUCCUCAAGCGAAAAAAGAGGAAGAUUGGCAACAGAAUAGACCUUUGGUAAAUACACAAAUAAUGCCCCAUAUUCCCUUUUUCUUUUUAAAAUCAGGCCAUAUACAUACCCUACAGGGAAAUAAAAGGUACAACAAUAUAGUAAGUCAUUUAAAGGAGGCAAGAAAAUUAAGAACUAGUGAUGUUUCAGAUUAUUUAUUACUGAAUUAUUAUUGCUAAUUAUUAGAAGUCAUAUAUAAAUCAUCACUUAUAAGUUUUGAAAAAUGCUCUUUUGAAGAUUUAAAAUACAUGUGAAUAACUAAUAGAAUCAUUUCUUUACCAUCACUAUAUCAUUCACUUUUCUUGAAAGAAUUAUAAAAUCUUAUUAUCCAGUAACUAUGUAAAAAGAGUACUAAAUAUUUUGUGACAGAAGAACCAGGUAAUUAAAAUGUAAUUAUAAAAAAAUGAGUAAUCUUAUUUCCACUAAAUGAAACAUUUGGAAAGAAACAAUUGAGUACUAAUAAAGAUAAUUGACAUCUUUAUAAAUUUAUUCAGAAUUUUAAAAUAAGUAUUAAAAUUAUCCUUUUAAGAAGCUACAUUUUUUUAAAGUUCUUUAUUUUAUUUCUAUAUUUAAAAAAAAUUACUGAAAUCUUUAGUGUGUAAACAGAACAGAAUCCCUUUGCAAAUUUUAGGUGACUUAGUCUAGCUUCUUCCUAAUAAAGAGGGCUACUUACAUUGCUAAAAUAUCACUAGAAUCACUAAAAUGAAGAGAAAGAAUUAGAGAAACUACACUUUAUUAGGUCAUUAUAAGAAAUUACAAUUCCAUUAUUAAAUGAUACUUUAAUUUUUAAACCAGAUUACCUAAAGAACCUUCCUAUUUCUUAAAAUAGAAGACCAAAAAUAAACACAAGUAUAUUUAUAAUUAUGGUAAUUUUGGAGUGGAGAUGAGGAUUGACAAUAAUUUGAGAUAUCUUCAAUAACUGUAACAUAAAAAAAUCUGUGAUUUUCUCUGGUGACAAUGUUACAAUUGUUAAUAUUACUGUGGUUGGUUGCCUAUAUUCAUAAUUGAAAGAAAUACUAAACUUUGUUAGAGGUUAGUGAAAAUAAGGAUGUAAUUUCUUUUCCCAUUCAAGUUCACGUUCCCCACAUUAAGAAACCCAGACAUCUAGUAAAACAUCUAGUUAAUUGGAUGUUACCCAGAUUGCAAAGUUGAUUUCUUUGGCUAUCUGUUUUAACCAUAUGUCCAUCAAAUCUCCAUUUCAUUUUGUUCAGUGUCAUCAAAUGCUUAGUUUCUCAAAUCUAAUUAAUAUAGAUGAAAUAGGAAACAAUUAGAUAUUUUGAAAGCAUAAGACAUAAUUUUUUAAAUGAUCUUUCUUUGGAGUUUCAAAUGCCAAGUUGCAUUGCCUGAAGUUCCAAGUAACCCAAGCUGAAGAGUAGUGAUCAACAUCAGCAGUGCCUCUGGUGCGGAAAAAAGGC